CAGCUCAGCACCAGCAGCAGCAAUAGGAGAACACAGAGGAGGGAGGGGGGCUCUGACCGUCACCUCUCCCACUUAGGCUGCAUUUUGGGCGAGCAGAACUAUCCCGUAUUUCUAACACAUUGAUGUCCCCUGAAUAUACAGCACUAGCCUAGGAGGAUAUCACAGACAGGGGCAGACAAAUGGCAGUAGCUACGUCCGGUGUUCGAUGCUGAUGAUCACAGAGCAGGCUGGUUGUUGAAAAGCGUCGGAGCUUUCACUAUGGGCACAGCGACCGAAGAAUUAAUUGUGGUAGAGGAUGAUUCUUCAUUGAAUCCUUUGUGCUUCGAGUGUGGCCAGCAGCACUGGACAAGAGAGAACCACCUGUACAAUUACCAGAAUGAAGUGGAUGAUGACCUGGUUUGCCACAUUUGCCUUCAACCAUUGCUUCAGCCUUUGGAUACCCCUUGCGGCCACACGUUCUGCUUCAAGUGCCUCAGAAACUUCCUACAGGAGAAGGACUUCUGUCCGCUGGACCGAAAGCGGCUCCACUUUAAACUGUGCAAGAAAUCCAGCAUCCUGGUGCACAAACUGUUGGACAAGCUGGUGGUCUCCUGUCCUUUCACCAAUGCUUGCAAGAUCACCAUGCAGCGUUGUGACGUGGAGGCUCAUCUCAAAAACCGGUGUCCCGGAGCAUCUCACCGGAGAGAGGUAUUGGACCAGAGAAGGGCCAGCAAGCUGCAGAUUGAGAUUGAAGGAGAAAGUGGGCCAGGGGUGACUGAUCAUCCGUCGACUGUAUCUCCAGAUAUAGACAAAGCAGCACCUGGGUCUGCUCUCCUGGAGAGAAACAUGACUCCGACAGUUCUGCCUGUGUGGUCAGAUGACCAGGGCUUUGAUAACCUUGCCUUUGAGGAGAGCACUGUAGCUGACACCACAAACCCCGCAGCGAGUUUGCCGGAGGGAGAAAUUACCACAAUUGAAAUUCACCGCUCCAAUCCCUACAUUGAGCUGGGGAUCAGCAUCGUAGGUGGCAACGAGACACCUUUGAUAAACAUUGUCAUCCAAGAAAUAUAUCGGGACGGCAUCAUUGCCAGGGAUGGAAGACUAUUGGCUGGCGACCAAAUACUUCAAGUGAAUAAUUUUGAUAUCAGUAACGUGUCCCAUAACUACGCCAGAGUGGUACUGUCGCAGCCCUGCACUGCGCUGCAUCUCACUGUGCUCCGCGAGAGACGCUUUGGCAGCAGAACGCAGGCCCACUUGGACAGCAACUUGCAGCGGGAAGAAAGCUUCCAGGUGACCCUGAAUAAAAGGGGAACCAAUGAGCAGCUUGGCAUAAAACUUGUCCGCAGAACAGAUGAGUCUGGCGUUUUUAUCCUGGAUCUCCUGGAAGGGGGCCUGGCUGCCCAGGACGGACGACUACACAGUAACGACCGCGUCUUGGCAAUCAAUGGGCUUGACUUGAAGCACGGCACUCCGGAACUGGCUGCACAGAUUAUUCAGGGUAGUGGCGAACGAGUCCAUUUGACGGUAUCUCGGCCUGCAAAGCAUCCAGCUGGUAACGUAACCCGAGAAGUGGGAAACGUCCAAACUCAUCAUCAUUUGCAGCAAGUUUAUCAUCACCGGCCAAGUGCGCAUAGGGAUCUUGCCCAAUGUGUUAAAUGCCAGGAAAAGCAUAUUACGGUGAAGAAAGCCCCAAUGGAAUCAUUAGGCAUGACAGUAGCGGGCGGGCGGGGCAGUAAGAGCGGAGAGCUGCCCAUCUUUGUGACCAGCGUGCAGCCUCACGGAUGUCUUGCAAGAGACAGCAGAAUUAAACGAGGUGACGUUCUGCUCAGCAUAAACGGCAUAGACCUGACUAACCUGAGUCACAGUGAAGCAGUGGCCAUGCUGAAAGCUAGUGCGGCCUCCUCAGUUAUUGCUCUUAAAGCCCUGGAGGUGGAGGUUCUGGAAGAGCAGACACAAGUAAAUGAAGAAAUGAGCACAAUCAGUGAAAAUGAGUACGAUGCCAGCUGGUCUCCAUCUUGGGUCAUGUGGCUGGGACUUCCCAGUUGUCUCCACAGUUGCCAUGAUGUCGUUCUGCGGAGAAGCAGUUUGGGGAGUUGGGGCUUCAGCAUAGUUGGUGGUUAUGAGGAGAAUCACACAAACCAGCCAUUCUUUAUUAAGACCAUAGUACUUGGGACACCCGCAUACUAUGAUGGACGACUAAAGUGUGGAGAUAUGAUUGUGGCAGUGAACGGGUUAUCUACAGUGGGAAUGAGUCACUCCGCUCUGGUCCCCAUGCUUAAGGAGCAACGAAGCAAAGUCACACUUAGCGUCAUCUCCUGGCCUGGAAGCCUGGUCUAAGUGGUAGUUUAAAAGGCAUUGCCUUGCUGUAUCCACUCUGCUUUAGAGCUGGUUAAGAUCUGGGCCAAAUCUCUACAACAAUCAGUUCAAUGACUGGCUCCUUCCAUAGAUUCAUCUGCUCAAAAGUUAAGGAUGAACAGUACCAUCUUUGAAGCAACUUUCAUGGUGGAAAGUCUAACAUGGGUGACCUGGUCUCACCCACUACCAUCUGUGCUAGCCUAGUAGCCACAUCUGUAGACUGUAUCUUGAGCACCGCCAUUUGCCCACAUAUGAAUAAAGUCUUGCUGAAGAGAUUGUACUAAGCCAUAAGAGUAAAUGUUAGUAUGUGCCAAGAGUACAAGGUGUUGGAUGGCCCUUCUUACUUCUUCAGAGCUGAAAUGUGUACCAGAUUAAGUAUUUCCCCAUCUUCUCUGUAAAUGUGAAAGCCUGACUCCCGCUGCAUUUAUUUAUAGACGAUUCUGCUGCUAGAGGACCAUUAUUGGUAUACCUCAAGGGAACAUUGCCAGUAACGGAUGUCCUUAAAAAUAUCAUUCAUCUCCGCGCGGCUGCUUUGAGAAUUCCACAGGGGGGCGAAGAUCUUUCACUACUGGGUUUUGUACUGUGCAAUAACUGUUUGUUUCUUUGUCUCUUUUUUUUUUUUCAAAAAAGUAAUUUAAUACACAACGAAGCCUGUACAAAUGAAAGGGGGAUUUGUUUCAAUGAUGAUAAUGAAUGUUUUUUUGGUAGUAUAAACAAACUUUUGAUAUUUUUAUUGCAAUCUUUAUAUUACGAUAUGCUUGUGGUUGUGGACUUUUUACAAAGUUGGACAUGUAAGUAGCUUGUUGAGUAUAAUAUGAAUCAAGAAUAGGAAUUAUUGCGCUUCCCAACCCUGUUUCUGCCAGGCAUCUAAAUGAAUGUAAUUUCACAACUUGCUGGGCAUUGUGGGAGAAGGCUAGUAUUGUAUUAUGGGAUAUGUAGUGCAACAAUAAUGCUACCCACACACGUGACGGUCUUUAUGCUUUUGAUCAAAUGAUAUCGAUUUUGAUAACGUCUUUUGUCUUGCAAUGUCACUGCAUCACACACUAUGCACAUUUUAUUUUACAAUGCAGUAGAAAAGUUAUAAGAGAUUGGAAGGUUAACCCAUGCGAUUUUAUAUUCUAGAUCUAAAUUACUGAAGAAUUGUGCAGAGACGUGUGAUUACAGCACACACACACUGCAAUGCAUUUCCCACCAAUAGCUAUCCAAACUGACAUCUCUGUUGAAAUUGUAUUGUGUGCCUUCCACACAUUACAAACAAAUUGUACUGCAUUUAAUAUUUCAUUUUUGACCCAAGGUGCACAAGUUCACACACUGAAGGCAGCCAUUUUGCAGGCUAAACCAUUAUUCAGAGUAAUGGUUUAGCCAUUAUUCAUGAUAAUGCAGUCUACCAAUACAGUAGAAAGUAGUGAUAUCACUGAGACCUUAAGCAAAUAGUGGGGGAGAUCUAUCAAAGCUUUGAGAGAGUGAAAGCAGAGAGAGAUAAAGUACUAACCAAUCAGUUCCUAACUAUAAUUUUUCAAACACAGCCUGUAUGAUGACAGGAACUGAUUGGUUGGUACCAGGGCCGGAUUAAGCCUUGGGGGGGCCUGGGGCACUUAAGACAGGGGAGCCCUGGUGGAGGGGGAGGGUGUAUAUUAGAUUGUGCAUACCUCUCAACAUGACCCAUUCUGGGAGGUACAAAAUGCUCUCUACCUGGACUUUCCUUUUAAUAUAUGACUGGCAUCACGUGUUGAAAUAUUUCAUUAAUAAAAAAGGUAUUUCAACAAAAAUGAUUACAAUCAUAAAUUCAGAGGGAAGUCUAGUGAUGUCAGUGUGCUUGGGCUGGGGGCCCCUUGACAGAGGGGGGCCCGGGGUACAGUAUGCCCUGCAUCCCCCCCUUAAUCUGGCUAUGGUUGGUACAUGAGCUCUCUUCACUUUAUCUGUCUCCAAGCUUUGAUAAAUCUCUUUAAGGAGCCUUUGACAUGGCUGAGCCAUGAAGGAACUACUGACAUCGGUAAAGCACAAUACAUCUGCUUCUAAAUUCAACGUACGCAAGUUGCCGAAUGAAAAAUAUGCAAAAAUGUUCUGUGCAUAAACAGAAAACAGGAUGCACGCAUAUGCACAUUUACUUGAGUGGGAUAUGUGCCCCCACUUGUGCCUGAAGAGCUGGGACCGGAGAAAGAUGAAGGGGCGGAGUAACAUAGGCUCAGUACAGUAACGGUGGGUUCUGCAAACAGAUGCAGACCUGCACAGAGCCUCAUAUGCAUCUGGCCAACCUAUAUCAUUUUUGAGUGCACUAGGGCACGAAUACAGUGAUCAUUAAGAUAGCCUCCACUACGUAACCACUGAUGACUGCACAUCAUCUGUGAAGCUGAUUAGUGCUGUUUUUGUUUCCUGUAUAUAGUUUUUUUUGAGUGUUUCAACACUUUAUUUUUACAUAUGAGAUGUAGACCACUACUGUAUUAAAGGGUUUUAUUUAUGUUUUAUGGAAAUGUAAUAUUUUGCAAUCAUAGUAACUGAGCACAAGGGUGUAAGUGUACGUGACAUAUGCGUGUCAUCAGCCUUGUGCAUGUGCUACAGGAUCCAACCUGCAUUUUUUUACAAUUUAGUUUUUGCCUACAAUUGCGUUGUUUUAAUGAACACACAUUACAUCUACGAACUUGGACACAAAUACAUUCAAACUUACCACCCGCGCCAUUGCCAGCAUGCCACAAUUAUAUCACUGGUUCUUACAGAAAAAUGUAUCUAACCUUGGUGGUGUUGCCUAUAGCAACCAAUUAGAUUCCACCUAUCAUUUCUCUAGCAACCAUAAGGGAUAUUGGGGAAUCUGGUACGAUGGGGUAUAGACAGGGUCCAAAGGAGCCGGUGCACUUUAAAUUUCUUCAGCUGGGUGUACUGGCUCCUCCACUCUAUGCCCCCUCCCCCAGGCAGUUUAGAAAAAAGUGCCCUCAGGAGAGGAUGCACACUCUGCUAGCUCUAGAGAGUUUUCUUCAAUUUCUUUUUAACUUUUAUUAUUUUCGGUAUGCUGUUUGGGCAACAGCAUGCCUGCACCGUGGCAGUUAGGUGGGGGGACGGUCACUGGCCUUACGAGGUGCAGAGCUGCUUCCCCGCUGCAGUUCCACCGUCCUAAGGUGGUGUUGUUCAGCGGGGCACUGCGCCUUGGCUAUCACAGCCGCAGCACGCCGCACACCCCUAUCGCUGCCUGGAGGUGACAUCGGUGGUGAGUACAAACUGGGAGCCCCGCUAGGUGGGUCCCCUGGUUCAAAGUACGCGGCGUAUGGGACCCUCACAAUGGCGCGGCGUAUGGGACCAUCCUAGGGGGGUCCCGCUAAGAUCCCCCGUGUGGAACUAGCACAGAAAAAAAACUUGUUGUGAUGUUUUGAGCUAAAAAGGAGACUUUGCCAGUAUAAUAUAGUAACGUAACUCCGGUGCCAUUGGAGGGGGCGGAGCUACAUCAGAGCAGGACCUGAGGCGUUAUGGCACCUUCCUCGGCUUACUGCAGCCAUAUAGAGCACACACAGCGUUUCCUGACUCCUCAGCCACGCUGGAUAUGUGGUACAGGGUGUAGCAAAGUUGGAAAGCCGCUUGUGUACACUAUCUGGAUCCCAUUUAGGACAAAAAUUGUUAGUGUUUACUGUAUUAUAGGGAGCUGACAGCCUCACUGGGGCUGUGCAGCUCAGGGUGUGCUGGUGUCCUCUCUCUGUGUCUCCUCUCACAUACAGUAGGGCAGGCUUGCAAUAUAACUGUCUGUGUGUAUGUUGUGUGCUCACUGUGAAACAUGGGUAAAUACAAGCUGUGCAGUGUAUGUCACACUAGAUUCUCUCCAUUAUCUACUGAUUCUGUUUCAUGUGAACAAUGCAGUCAAUCUUCACAAUCAGUGAAGGGGCUGGAGGAGAGGGUCCAGGGCCCCACUGGUUAGGGUCUCUUAAGACUAUGAUGUCAGAUAUGUCAUCCCAGCUCACUGCUAAUGUACAUAAGACUCAGCUACUACAACAAGCUGUUGCAGAUUUAGCUGCUAGGGCAGGUGCACAGCCCCCCUCUGUCAUGCAGGUCCACAGAAGCGUGGUUUACGUGCUCUACUAUCUGAUCCAGAUGAUGAUAUACAGGAGGAUGGGGAUGACCUGGAUCCCGUUAGUGGGGAUCCCGAUUCUGCCCAGGGUAUUGAACCCCUAAUUCUGGCUAUAAGGGAUGUGUUAAAGCUCCCUCUAGAGGACACUGCGUCACAGCAGUCGUUUUUCUUUGUACAGAACAAGCCUAAUGUCACUUUCCCUGACGCUACAGAGUUACAGGACCUAUUCAAACAGGCCUGGAAAAAUCCAGACAAGAAAUUCCAAGUGUCCAAAAAGUUUUUGCGCACUUUCCAAUUUGCUCCUGAAGGUAGAAAACUUUGAGAGGAACCUCCUGGGGUUGAUGUAUCAGUCUCUCGCCUGCCUUAUAAGGUGAUGCUGCCUGCCCCGGGCUACUUUACCAUGAAGGAUCCUGGGGAUAAGAUGAUAGAGACUACUAUAAAGUCUAUAUACACAGCAGCCGGUAUAUCACAAAGACCGGUCAUUGCGGGUUGCUGUAUGACCCAUGCCAUUCAUUCUUGGGCCACUCAAAUGCAGGUGGGCCUCUCGGGAGAUGUGGCCUUAGUUACUAUGGUAACCCUCCUGAAGCACAUUUAGGACACUACACGUGUCCUCUGUGAUUCACUCAAGGAGAUGGGAAACAUUAAUGCUCUGACUUCUGCCAUGGCAGUGUCGGCGCGCAGGGCCUUGUGGUUGCGUCAGUGGAUUGCGGACGCAGAAUCCAAAUGUAGUGUGGAAUCCCUCCCCUUUUCUGGGAAUGGCCUUUUGGGGUUGACUUGGAUACCUGGAUUUCCAAAGUUACGGCUGGAAAAUUCACGUUUCUGGGGCCCCGCCGGCGAGGCGCUCCUAUCCGAGGCCGUCUGUCCAGUCCUUUCGGUCUCACAGAUUUCGAUCGAAGCCCAAAGGUGCCUCCAAUGCGACUAGAGGCACCAGAGCUACAGUAAGUCCAGAAAACCUGCAAGCACCAGAUCUCAGGAACAGUCCACUGGUUCUGCCUCCACUAAGGCCUCAGCAUGAUGGUGCCCACCCACCCUGAGGGGAUCUCGAGGUGAGAGCUCGACUGUUUCACUUCAGCACGCUGGAGUUCGACAGUACUCCUUCCCCCGGCUAAAGUUUGUCCAGUCCCACGUCAUUGUUCCAGUACCGCAACGCGGCAAAGAGUUUUACUCAAGCCUGUUUGUGGUUCGGUCAGACCCAUUUUGAAUAUGAAAUACUUGAAUCCUUAUUUUAAGGUGUUCAAGUUCAAGAUGGAAUCCCUGCGAUCAGUGAUUGCAGACCUGGAAGAGCAGGAAUUUAUGGUCUCCUUGGAUAUCGAGGACGCCUAUCUCCAUAUUCCGAUUUGGCUGCCUCAUCAGGCGUACCUGCGGUUUGCCCUGCUGAACAAUCCCUUCCAAUUCCAAGCACUGCCCUUUGGCCUGUCCACAGCCCCGAGGGUUUUCACGAAGGUGAUGGCGGGGAUGAUAUUUCAACUCCGGGUCCAGGGGGUCAAUGUGGUCCCUGGACGAUCUUCUGAUAAAGGCAAGACCCAGGGAGCUUUUGUUGGUCCAUAUCAACCGCACCAUCCAUCUUCUGUCAGACCAUGGGUGGAUCCUCAACUUACAGAAGUCCCACCUGGAGCCAACUCAGCGGCUCCUGUUCCUGGGGAUUUUGCUGGAUACUGUGGCCCAGAAGGUGUUCCUACCAGAGGACAAGGCGAAAGCACUUCAGGAGAUGGUCCGCAUGGUGCUGACCUAUUCGAGUGUCCGUCCAUCUUUGCAUAAGAUUGUUGGGAAAGAUGGUCGCCUCAUACGAGGUGAUCCAGUAUGGGAGGUUCCAUGCCAGAACAUUUCAGUUGGAUCUCCUGAGCAAGUGGUCCGGAUCGCAUAUACAGAUGCACCGGAUGAUUCAGUUGUCACCUCAGGCCAGGAUUUCACUCCUGUGGUGGCUAUAGUCCUCCAAUCUCCUGGAAGGCCAGAGUUUCGGGAUUCAGGAUUGGACCCUCCUCACGACGGAUGCGAGUCUACGGGGAUGGGGAGCUGUCACCCAAGGGGCGUAGUUCCAGGGCAGGUGGUCAGCCCAUGAAGCCCUCCUUCCGAUCAACAUUCUGAAACUUUAGGCGAUCUACAAUGUUCUGCUUCAGGCCUCUCCUCUGCUCAAGGAUCACGCAAUCCAGGUACAGUCGGACAACGCCACAGCUGUGGCAUAUAUCAAUCGACAAGGAGGGACAAAAAGCAGAGCCUGCAUGCGAGAGGUGUCAAAAAUACUCCUCUAGGUGGAAAGAAAUGCGAGAGCAAUGUCAGCAAUAUUCAUUCCGGGUGUGGACAACUGGGAAGCGGACUUCUAGAGUCGUCAUGAUCUCCACCCGGGGGAGUGGGGGCUCCACCAUCUGGUGUUUCAGCAGAUCAUCAGUGGGGUUGCCCAAAAAUAGACAUGAUGGCUUCUCGUCUCAACAAGAAAUUCCCUGGUAUUGCUCACGGACCAGGGACCCUCAGGCGAGGGCAGUAGAUGCACUGACGUCACCUUGGCCUUAACGGCUGGUCUACCGGUUUCCUCUAAUUCCGUUGCUCCCAGGCAAUUCUGAUUGCCCCGGAUUGGCCUCGGAGGGUGUGGUACGUGGAUCUUCUGGACAUGUCCAUCGAAAACCCUUGUCCUCUACCACUAAGAAGAGAUAUUCUUCAACAAGGACCGUUCAUCUACCCGGACUUACGGCGACUUCGUUUGACAGCAUAGAGGUUGAACGGAACAUCCUAGCUCACAAGGGCCUUUUCACGAAGGUUAUUGCUACCAUGGUUCAGGCCCGGAAACCUGUGACGUCAAAACACUAUCAUCAUAUCUGGAGGAGAUAUGUCUCUUUGUUCGAGGAACGCACGUGUCCGCGGGUAGAGUUUCACUUGAGACGUUUCUUACAUUUCCUGCAGGCUGGUGUGGAUAAGGGCUUACGUCUGGGUUCCAUUAAGGUCCAGAUUUCAGCCCUCUCCACUUUCUUUCAGAAGAAAUUGGCAGUGUUGCCGGAAGUUCAGACCUUCUUGCAAGGGGUACUCCACAUACAACCACCUUUUGUGCCGCCUACGGCACCCUGGGAUUUGGAUGUAGUGUUGGCAUUUCUACAGUCCUCCUGGUUUGAACCUCUGAUGACGGUAGAAGACAAGUACCUCACAUGGAAGACGGUGAUGUUACUGGCCCUGGCUUCUGCUUGACGUGUCUCCGAAUUGGGGGACUUAUCGUGUAAAAGUCCGUACUUGGUCUUUUACGAGUACAGAGCGGAGCACCGGACUAGACAGCAGUUCCUGCCGAAGAUUGUCUCCGCUUUUCACCUGAAUCAACCUAUUGUGGUUCCGUACAGUUCUGACUCUUCUGAGGCAUGCACAGCAUCGGAGGCAUUGGAUGCUGUGCGUGCCUUGAAGAUCUAUGUUAAGCACACAGCUCAGGUCAAAAAAACGGAUUCCUUGUUCGUGCUCUAUGAUGCGCAGAAAAAGGGUUUCCCUGCUUCGAAGCAGUCCAUUGCUCAUUGGAUUAGGCUUACUAUCCAACAUGCCUAUGUGUCGACAGCCUUACCUGUUCCUAAGUCUCUGAAGGCCCACUCUACAGGAUCAGUGGGCUCUUCCUGGGCGGCUGCCCGUGGAGUCUCGACCUUGCAACUAUGCCGAGCUGCUACUUGGUCGGGGAAGAACACCUUUGUGAAGUUCUACAAGUUUGAUACCCUGGCCAAAGAGGAUACCCAGUUUGGGCAGGCGGUGCUGCAGCAGUCUCCGCCCAUUCCCACCCGUUCUGGAAGCUUUUGGACAUCCCCAUCAUACUAGAUUCCCCAAUAUCCCUUAUGGAUGCAAGAGAAAAUAGGAUUUGAAUACCUACUGGUAAAUCCUUUUCUCGUAGUCCAUAAGGAUAUUGGGGGUCAUUCUGACCCGAUCGCACGCUGCAGUUUUUCGCAGCAUAGCGAUCGGGUCUGAACUGCACCGGCGCCACAGUGCGCCGGCGCAUGGCCGCCCGUCGCUGUGCUACGAUCGCCUCUGAUUGACAGGCAGAGGCUGUCAAUGGGUGGGAGGGGGCGAAACGGCAGCAUUUGGCCGCCGUUUCGUGGGCACGGUCCAGCCAAUGCAGGCGUGGCCGGACCGUGCGGGGAGUGACCCGCAGCAGAUGUGUGCCAUCACACACAGCCACUGCGGGCCGGGGACCGAAGAGUAGCUCCCGGCCAG